AUGAAAGGAGUCUUUCGGUUUGGAAAGAAAGGGAAGUUAAGUCCAAGAUACGUGGGACCAUAUGAGAUUAUGGAGAAAGUAGGAGCAGUCGCUUACAGGCUAGAUCUUCCCACUGAAUUGCAAGAAAUCCACAAUGUUUUCCAUGUAUCUUCUCUCAAGAAGAGUUUCGAAAAGCAAUUCCCAACCGUUGUUGACACGAGGGAUAUUUCACUUCAGCCCAACCUAACCUAUGAGGAAGUUCCAAUUCAGAUCACUGAUUGGAAGGAUAAGGAACUACGGAAUCGUAAAAUCCCCUUGGUUAAGGUUUUGUGGCGAAAUCAUGAUGUUGAAGAGGCCACAUGGGAAAAAGAAGCUGACAUGAGAAGCAAAUACCCUUAUUUGUUUGGCAUGUGA